UAUCAAUACUCUGGUGAGCUGAGGAGAGGGAAAUGACAUUAUGGCCAAAGUUAAUAUCAGCAAUGUUGUUGUUUUAGAUAAUCCUUCACCGUUUCUUAACCCUUUUCAAUUCGAGAUAACUUUUGAAUGCUUAGAAGAUUUACCUGAAGAUUUGGAGUGGAAGAUAAUUUAUGUAGGUGCAGCAGAGAGUGAGGAGUAUGACCAGACACUGGACUCUGUGUUGGUCGGCCCUGUUCCUGCAGGGAAACAUAUGUUUGUAUUUCAGGCUGGUCCCCCAGACACAGUAAAAAUACCAGUACAGGAUGCAGUGGGUGUAACCGUAGUCCUUCUGACUUGUUCAUAUCGCAGCAAAGAGUUCAUCCGCGUGGGAUACUAUGUCAACAACGAAUAUUCUGACCCUGAGCUUAAAGAAAAUCCACCAAGUUCUCCUCAGUAUGACAAGGUGGAGAGAAAUAUCCUAGCCACCAAUCCUCGAGUGACAAGAUUUAAAAUAGAUUGGGAUGACACUCAAGGUACAGAUACAGAAAAUGUACCUCCCACCAACAGUACAGAAUCAGAAUCCAAUCAAAUGAAAGACGCCACGUUAUCAAACAGUAGUAAACCACUGGCCGCCACAUUUAGUACAGAAAGUAACAGUAAUAUGGAGGUCAACUGACAUUGCUCAAAGGGUCAUAGGUCAUCUCUACGGCAGCACUCACUCAAUAGAUUGCACUACUAUGACACUACCUGCAGCUAAUUAUCAAUUCAUGAUGAACUGGGUUAAUUAUUGUAAAAUUUGUUGUAAUUUUUGUUUAUGGAAAAAAAAAUUCUUCAAAUUGUGGCAUUACCAGUGUUCUGUUGGGGUUGAAUUAGGAGAGAAAAUAGGAGAAUGAAAAAGAUCAUGUUUGAAAUUAUGCAGUACACAGUGUAAAAUCUCGUCAUUUUAUAUUUCAUUGUCGCCAAGAAAUUCCGAUUACUGGGACUCUUCUAAUUGGGUUGAAACUAUUGAUUUGAUAAAUUAUCCAAGUUCAGGGGAGAUAAUGUUUUACUGAACGUUGUAAUAUUUUUUUUAUCUAGUAUUUGAAUUGUUUUAUAUUUAUAAGUUAAGUAGAGGAAAGGAAUGUAAUAAAAAAGCGAGAAUUUUGAUUUAGUUUUGCAGAUACACAUGUGAUGUAAAGUGAUCAACACCAUAUUUAUUUGAUUCAUUGUAAAAGACUCCAUUCUUUCUGGAUUAACACUAGGAUAUUUAGUGACGCACAAGUAAAAUUUAUGGUGAUAAAAAAACAUGAUUAAUUUAUACAAGUCAUUGUAGCUCAACAAUGUACUGUAUUGUACCUCAGAAAUCAUGCUUUAUCAAUUAGUGUAUUAAUUACUGUUACAUUGUGAAAAAUUGAAACCUCGUGUGGGGUAUUCUAAUAAAAAAUGUGAUAAAUUGAA